UAUAAUUGUUUUGAUUUGCUCCGUCUUCUGUACAUGCAAUGAAAUCUAAUCGCAAUGAUCUUCAGAGCUGCCCCCCAGGACAGGAGCCCAACCCCUCCCAGUCCCACUGCAUAGACUGCCCAGAAGGUCACUUCUCAUCAGCGGGGAGUGACAAGUGCCAGCUCUGCCCAACAGGAAGCUACUGUCCUCACAAAGCCACUCCCUGGCCGUUGCCAUGUCCACCUGGCUACGACACUGACUGCCCCGGGCAGAAAGAGUGCAAGAGCUGCAACGGGACGUCCCACUGCAAGGGGGCAAUGCUUAACCCCUGGGAGGGGGGUGGGAGAGUUCGGAGCACCGCAGCUAUGGGUGCAGUGUCUUGUCGUCCCGGGACAUACAGAAACAGUGAGGAAAGCCCAGACUGCUUGCUCUGUCCUUUAGGUUAUUACUGCCCUUGGGGUACAGCAGUGCGCUGUCCAGCUGGUACUUAUGGUGCCAAGGAGGGCUUGCAGAGAGAGCGGGACUGCUCUGUUUGUCCUGCAGGUUUUUACUGCCUGGAAGGAAGCCCCCGGCGCCCUGGCUCUGAGUUCCUGUGCCCGCGAGGUUAUUACUGUGAGCCAGGCACCAGCGAGCCCCACAUCAGCCCCUGCCCACCUGGAACUUUCGGGGAGCACUUCGGACAGACGAGCGUCGCGGGGUGCAAGAGAUGUGCAGAGGGUCGAUUCUGCCCAGAAGGGGCGGCUGACCCAGGCUGGCCCUGUGCCAGAGGGAAGUUCUGUCCAGCUGGCACCGUGAAGGAAAUGAACUGUCCUGGAGGCACCUACACCCGGCAGCAAGGGGCUGCAAGCCUGAAUGAGUGCUUGAAGUGCCCUGCUGGGUUUUAUUGCCCUGAGGGCACCAGCGACCCCCUCCCUUGCCCGCGGGGCACGUUUAACCCUCUCCAAGGGCAGGAUGACGCCAUGGACUGCAGACUCUGUUACGCGGGUAAAGCCUGCUCCCAGAUGGCUCUUCCACAGCCUGACGUGGACUGCAUGGAGGGGUUCACCUGCCCUCCCGGUUCCUCCAGACCCAAUGCUCUGGAGAACGCCUGUCCCCCAGGGACUUUCAGUAACCUGAAUAACCUGACUGACAGGUCCCAGUGUGGACUGUGCCCCCCGCGCCAUGCCUGCGUGAGAGGUACGGGUGGAAUCCAGAGACCCCCGGUUCCCUGCUUUGCUGGUCAUUACUGCCCCCGUGGAACCAUGUUCCCCACCCAGCACAAGUGUGCAGCUGGUACCUGGAGCGACCGGACUAACCUGGUCUCUGCGAGCGAGUGCUUCCUCUGCCCCAGGGGGUGGUACUGCCUGACUGGGGCAGGACUGCCUUCUGGGAGGUGCAGCUCUGGACAUUACUGCCCUGAAGGCACACAGUUUGGCUCCCAGUUCCCCUGCCCUGCCGGUACCUACAGCACACGGAUGGGCAAUGGACAGAAAGAUGACUGCCGGGUCUGUCCCGAGGGAUCGUACUGCACUGAGGGCUCUGCCAAACCCACGCCCUGCCCAGUGGCUACCUAUCGGAGGGUGAAAGGAGGAAAGGCAGCUGAAGACUGCACCCCGUGCCCUGCAGGCUAUCACUGCCCUCGAUUUGCAACAAUCAAACCCAGGGCCUGUGGGACUGGCAGCUAUUCAGAUCAUGGUUCGGCUUUGUGCUUGCCCUGCCUCCCUGGACACUACUGUAGUAAUGAGACCACCAGCCAGGAGGCGAUGUUGAGCUUGAUGGUGUGCCCAGCUGGACUGAUUUGCACUGAAGGUCUGGACAGGGAGCCGCAGAGAGCCACCACUCUCUGUCCCAAAGGCUAUUACUGCCCAGGAGGAGACAUUGAUCCUAACCCUAGGCCAUGCCCAAACGGGACCUACAGUGACCGUCAAGGCUUGCGAGAGGUGUCUGACUGUACCCCCUGCCCUGCCGGGCAGCACUGCUACAGCGAGUCCCAGGGGAUCUCCCGGCCAACUGGAAGCUGCCCUAGUGGGUAUCACUGCCCAGUAGGUACAGGGUACCCUUAUUCAUUCCCCUGCACCCCUGGGUCCUAUCGGAACAGCUCCCUGGGGCACAGAGGGGAGAUGUGUCAGCCGUGCCCUGCAGGGUUUUACUGUACCAGUGAAGCCACUGAGAUCCCCACUGUCUGCCCUAGAGGUUACUUUUGUGUUGAGGGAAGCAGCAGCCCUGAGCCGUGUGAAGAGGGGACCUACAGUGCCAGGCCUGCUCUGGGGGCUGGUUCAGAGUGCGCUCCUUGUGUUGGGGGUUGGUACUGUGCUGGUACUGGACUGACUGAACCCACUGGUUCCUGUGAAGCUGGGUUCUACUGCAGGGAGAGAGCGAGGUCUGCAACCCCUGCUGAUGGGCACACUGGUGGACUGUGCCCGAUUGGGAGCUACUGCCCAGCUGGCUCUGCCUUCCCUUUGCCCUGCCCACCUGGGACCUUCAGUAAUGCCACAGGACUCAGCCGUCCGGGGCUUUGUGUAGACUGCACCCCAGGCUACCAUUGCUCUGGGUCUAAUAUCUCUGCUCCUGCUGGUCUCUGUUCUCCUGGAUAUUACUGUACCGGUGGUGCCUCUGCACCCAAUCAGCACGAGACUCAGGAAGGACACUACACCCUGCCGGGAGCAUUCACACCCGAACCAUGUGCACUAGGGACCUUUCAGCCGGCUCGGGGACGGUCCUCUUGUCUGGAGUGUCUAAGAGGCCAGUUCUGUAACCAGACUGGUCUGGUGCGACCUUUCCCUUGUCCUCCAGGUCACUACUGCCUACCGGGGACCAUCGCACCCACUCCCUGCCCAGCGGGGUCGUACACUGCCCAGGAGGGCGCUGGAGAUACUGGGCAGUGUGUGCUGUGUGACCCCGGGCAGUUCUGCAGCAUGGCUGGCCUCUCUGUCCCAGUGGGGCCCUGCAAGCCAGGCUACUACUGCACUGGAGGGGCCAACUCCUCAAUGCCUGUGAACAUGCCAUUUGGCGACCUUUGCCCUGCUGGCUUUUUCUGCCCGUCGGGCACCAGACACCCCUCUGAAAACCCCUGCCCCCCAGGAACCUGGAAUAAUGGGCAAGGGGCCUGGAACCAGACUUCUUGCUGGCUUUGCCCCCCGGGGCAUUACUGUCAUGGUACCGGCCUGACUCAACCCUCAGCUCUGUGUGCACCUGGAUUUUAUUGCUCGGGAGGGGCUAAGUCUUCAAUGCCAGUGGACGGGGUAUCGGGUGACAGGUGCCCUAAAGGUCACUAUUGCCCCGAAGGCUCGGUGUUGCCCCUGUCCUGCCCAGAUGGUUCUUACGCCAACAUCACGGGAGUCGCUGAGUGCCUGGACUGCCCCGCUGGCUAUUAUUGCUUAUCAGGGCAGAGCGUCCAGUUGUGUCCGGAGGGUCAUUACUGCCCCGGGGGCACAGGGUUAGAUCUCCUGCCCUGCCCACCAGGUACCUACAGUCCAGAGCCUGGGAACAGCCAGCUGGAGCAAUGCCAACUGUGCCCUGCGGGCAUGUACUGUGAAGACUGGGGUCUUUCUGUUCCUACGGGGUCUUGUCAGGCUGGCUACUUCUGUUUAGCAGGUAUGAACUUCAGGAACCCUGACGGUAACAUCAGCACUGGGGUGGGGGGGCCAUGCCCCCAGGGGCAUUACUGUCCAGCUGGCACCAGCCUACCCGUGCCCUGCCCACGCGGGACUUUCUCCAGCAGACUUCACGUGGUGGAGGAGUCUGGCUGCAGUGCCUGUCCUCCGGGGGUGUUCUGUGGAUCAGAGGGGCUGAGCCAGCCUGCCGGACCCUGCAGAGAGGGGUUCCACUGCACUGGCGGGGCGCAGUCACCCCUGGGGUCUGAGGGUGCAGGCGGCCCAUGUCCAGUGAGUCACUACUGCCCUGUUGGGAGUGCACAGCCCCUACCCUGUCCUGCAGGAACAUACAACAACCUGACCGGCCAGGCCAAGUGCUUUCAGUGUGGAGCUGGCUACUACUGCCCUGAGAAAACAAGCACGUACAGUGACUUCCCCUGCCCACCUGGCUUCUACUGUCCUGAUGGUACGAGGUACGCCACUCAGUUCCCCUGCCCCAGGGGCUACUAUAACCCUGAGCCCAUGACCCAGAGCCUAGACAGCUGCCUGCCCUGUCCGCCGGGUCAUUACUGUGAGAAAGAAAGACUCACGGCUGUGUCUGGAACGUGUAAAGCAGGCUGGUUCUGUGUAUCAGCUGCAUGGAACUCCCAGCCCUUCGACCUGGAUAACUACACCAAUGCCAACUGCCUUUGCCCAGCCACAGCAACUGGAGGGAAGUGCCAGGAAGGCUAUUACUGUCCCUCAGGGAGCUCCGAGCCCAUUCCCUGUCCACCUGGAGCCUACUGCAAUGGGUCAGGCUUGUCCCGUCCUAGCGGCUCCUGCUCCGCUGGCUAUUACUGUUCAGGAGGAGCCUCUCAGCCCAACCCUACAGACAAGCUCACAGGGAACAGCUGCCCCCCGGGGAGCUUCUGCGGUUUUGGCUCAGGGGACCCACAGCCUUGUCUCCCAGGCACGUUCUCGAGAGUCCAGGGCCUGGUCAGCGAGUCUGAGUGCUUGCCCUGCACCGAGGGGUUCUACUGUGAGACAGCAGGUCUGGUCACCCCCAGCGGCCCAUGUCGUCAGGGGUACUUCUGCCCUCCCGGUCAGAGGGUCAGCACUGGCUUUGCAUGUCCGGUCGGUCAUUACUGCCCGGAGGGAAGCCCUGCUCCUGUGAUCUGUGAAUCGGGCUCAUAUCAGAACCUGGACAAUCAAGCUGCAUGCAAACCCUGUGAAGAAGGUUAUUACUGUGAUAACAGCCUUGGUCCGGUCCAGGACCCGUCUCAGUACCCAUGCCCACAAGGACAUUACUGCCCACAAGGCACAAGGUUUGCUACCCAGUAUGGGUGCCCAGUUGGGACAUUCAACCCCAGGAUGAGGGUGCAGGAUGUCAGUGGGUGUCUCCCAUGUCCUCCAGGAAAGUACUGCUCAGCUAUUGGCCUCGCAGAGCCCACAGGAGACUGUUUGGCUGGGUUCUGGUGUAAGCAGGGUGCCCAGACAAGAGUCCCUUCCGAUGGCCUUUCUGGUGGAACCUGCUCCCCUGGUCACGAUUGCCCCUCAGGGCAGGCUGGACCUUGUCCAGUGGGUCACUUCUGUCCCCGAGGUACAGCCACCCCCCAGCCAUGCCCAGUGGGCACCUUCAGCAACCUGACCAAGCAAACAUCAGAGGACGGCUGUAUCCCAUGCCUUCCUGGUCAUUUCUGUGGUUCAGCUGGGCUCACUGCUCCAACAGGGGAAUGCUGGGAAGGAUUCUACUGUUCCCAAGGAGCCACAGUUCCAAACAGUCCAAUCAAAGACGGCAGAGGUGGUCCAUGCCCAACAGGUCAUUUUUGCCCCAAGGCCUCUGCUGCUCCCCAGCCCUGUCCAGGGGGGACGUACUGUGCAGUGGAGGGGCAGGCAAGCUGCAGCCCCUGUGUGGAAGGGUACUACUGCCCCGUGAGCAGCUCUUCCUAUGCUGGUACAGAAUGUGCUCCAGGUCAUUACUGCCCAACAGGAACCUCCUCCUGGAAUCAGUUUCCUUGCCCUGCAGGCACCUACAACCCAUUCUCCCGAGGAGCCAGCGUACAGGACUGUAUUCCUUGUGACCCAGGACUCCACUGUGCAUCGCCAGGUCUCCCCAGAGCCAGUGGGCAGUGUGCUGCUGGCCACUACUGUGUGGGUGGGGCGCUGACCCCCCACCCUAGCAACGGGAUCACUGGAGACCUGUGUCCAAGGGGUCAUUACUGCUCAGAGGGGUCAGCAGUCCCACAGCCCUGUCCACCAGGUCACUAUAGCAACACCACUAAGAACACCGCGCUCUCAGACUGCCUGCCAUGUCCUCAAGGGUUCUCCUGUGACGGGCAGGGCCUGUCUGCCCCCUCAGGUUCCUGCCAGGCUGGGUAUUUCUGCCCCCCUGGCCAGAACUCCAGCAGACCAGCCUCCUACACCUGCACGGCGGGACACAUGUGUCCCCAGGGCAGCUCCCAGCAGAGCCCCUGCCCUCCAGGAACCUACCAGGACCAGCAUGGGCAGGCAUUGUGCAAGACGUGUAUUGCUGGGUUUUCCUGUGCUGGUACAAUUCAGACUGAGACGGGUCUCUUGGUUGGGACACAGAACCCCACCCCCUGCCCGAAAGGUCACUACUGUCCUCCAGCUGGAGAAUACUGCAGCUCUGCAGGGCUGUCUCAACCCACGGGGGCGUGCAUGACAGGGUUCCUGUGCUUCCUGGGGGCGUUCUCUCCACACCCCUUGGGUGAUUCUACUGGAAGAAUCUGCACCCCUGGGUUCUACUGCCCCCAGGGUACCACCCGCAUGCUGCCCUGCCCUGCGGGGACAUUCAGCACCUUGGAGGGUUUGUUCUGCCUGCAGGGCUGCUCCUCUCCUUCCCCCUGCCCCCUCGGCAGUGUGAGUGAUGCAGCCGGUCUGCAGUCAGAGCUGGGCUGCUCCCCCUGUCCUCCGGGAUUCCACUGUAACAGGACUGGGCUGACCGCCCCCACCGGACCCUGCACUGCGGUCAUGGAUCGAAGGAAUCCAGUCCUGUCAAUCAAACCUUUGGAGAUGUGUGCCCACGUGGGCAUUAUUGCCCUGAAGGAAGCAGCCAGCCUGUGCCGUGCCCAGCGGGUACCUACCAGCCAGCCACCCACCGCGCUGAGCAGAGGCAUUGUCUGCCGUGCCCGCCUGGAGCAUACUGUAGCUCGGAAGGGGCAAGCCAAGAAACAGGAUUCUAUUGCCCUGAAGGUUCCGCCUGGCCCGUACCAUGUGACCUUGGCCAGUUCUGUCACCGGUCCUGCCUCUCUCUUCCUACUGGACCAUGUGCUGCCGGGUUCUACUGUGGGGGUGGGGCAUCAGUCCCUAACCCCACUCCCUGCCCCCCUGGACAUUACUGCCCACAGGGGGAGUUCCAAUCAGACGAGGUGCCCUUCAGGCACCUACCAGGCUGGCUGGGCUCAGUCUGCCUGUGAAGAGUGCCCAGCAGGGCUCUACUGCCAGGGUCCAGGUGUCAUCCAUCCUGCUGCCUGUCCAGUGGGAUCCUAUUGUCCACCUGCCUCUACAUCAGCAAAUCAGUACUUGUGUCCUCCUGGUAGCUAUGGAAACCGCCCAGGUUUGGCUAAGGUGUCUGACUGCUCUCCCUGCGAUCCUGGAAUGUACUGCAUGGGUUCAGGCAGCACCAGGCCGUCUGGGCAGUGCAGCCCUGGGUUCUAUUGCACAGGGGGGUCUGCCUUUCCUGCCCCUGGUGAUGGUGUGAUGGGAGACAGGUGCAGGGCGGGCUUCUACUGCCCCAGAGGGAGUGCCACAGAGCAUGCCUGUCCUGCAGGAACCUUCAGUAACAGGCCUGGGCUCUCGGACUCUGCACAGUGUCAGGUCUGCUCACCUGGGCACUUCUGCACUGAAUCCGGACAGCCAACUGUCUCCGGGCCCUGUUUGGCAGGUUUUUAUUGCCUGGAAGGCUCUCGGAGUUCCACUCCUUUUUUGAAAGAAUUUGGGGGUGUCUGCAGCCCGGGACACUUUUGUCCGAAUGGGACAGCCCUUCCUGUGCCCUGCCCGACUGGCACGUACAGAGCAGAGAGCGGGGGGAGAUCGAAGGGGGACUGCACGCCAUGCCCUGCUGGUUCUUAUCAGGGUCUGGAGGGUCAAAGGCAGUGCGACCCCUGUCCUCCUGGGUUUUACUGCAGACCCCAGGCUUUGCAUGCCCAGGGAGCGGUGAUCCCACAGCCUUGCCCAGCCGGGCACUUCUGCCCCAGAGAGACAGAGUUUGGCACCCAGAAGCCCUGCCCCCGAGGAACCCACAGCAGGCAGCUGGGACUGACCUCCGCAGCUGAAUGCUCUCCUUGCCCGGCCGGCUAUUUCUGUGGUUCUGAAGGUCUGGUUCAGCCCACCGGACCCUGCGCUCCCGGCUUCUACUGUACAGCAGGGGCCUGGGUACCGAACCCCAGCGAUGGGAUCACGGGCGCUGCUUGCCCCAGAGGGAAGUACUGCCAGGCAGGAUCUGUUGCAGGCAGCUGCUAUGCAGGAUAUUACUGCGAUCUGGGAUCCAGCAGACCGGACCAGAAGAUCUGCCCCUGGGGGUUUUACUGCCCGAAUGGCACAGACGCCCCCGUCCCGUGUGAGGCUGGGACAUACAGCUCUUCAGCCGGGAACAGCCAAGCGACUGACUGCAGACUGUGUCCCUCCGGGCUGUUCUGUCAGGGCGAUGCCAACGCUGCUCCAGGGGGUCUGUGCUCAGAAGGGUUCUACUGCCCCCCAGGGCAGAUCUCAUCCAGACCGACUGCCUCUCGCUGUCCCCCGGGGCAUUACUGUCCUGCAGGGUCAGCUGCCCCAAAGCCUUGUGGGAUAGGAACCUUCCAGCCACGGGAGGAACAGGGAUCAUGUGACGUCUGUCCGGCAGGCUUCUACUGCCACCCAUCCAAUGAAUCGGGAGUGGUGCAGCCCGAACCGUGCCCUCAGGGUUAUUUCUGUCCUCCUGGUACCGAGUCGGGCACCAAGUCACCCUGCCCCAGAGGAACCAUCGGACCCCAGACAGGAGCCGGCAGCCCAGCCCAGUGCCAGCCCUGUCCUGCAGGGAUGUACUGUGCAUUCCCAGGCCUUUCCGAACCCACAGGACCCUGCCACGCUGGUUUCUACUGUUCUGUGGGAGCUAGCAGCCCGAACUCCUCUGAAUACAUGGUUAAAUCUGAUGGGAUUUCCUUUGCUGGUAACAAUGUGUGCCCGGUCGGUCAUUUCUGCCCAGCUGGUACAGGAUACCCACUGCCCUGUCCUGCCGGCUCCUUCUCCAACUCUCCGGGACUGAAGGGAGCAGACCAGUGUGAGCAGUGCCCCCCUGGGUACCACUGCCACAGCCCUGGGCUGGCACACCAGAGCCAGCCCUCCCCUUGUGAUGCAGGCUACGUAUGUCUUGGAGGAAGUGCUACCACCCGUCCUACUGAUGGUCUCCACGGUUACCUGUGUCCCAGUGGGUUCCGCUGUCCUGCCGGGGCUGGCAUUGAGGUGCCCUGUGAGCCUGGCACCUAUAGCCCUAUGCCAGGGGCCAGCGUGUGCCUUCCCUGUCCUGCCGGUACCAUGUGCAACUCCACCAGCACUGAGGAGCCCAGCAUCUGCCCCAGAGGUUAUUAUUGCCCCCCGAAGACUGCCCUGCCCCUUCCCUGCCCCGCAGGCACACUGAGCAGCCUGGAAGGAGCCCUGUCUGUCUCUGCUUGUGUGUCCUGCCCAGCUGGACUGUACUGUAGGGGAGAGGCAAACGCAGGGCCUGACGGCCCAUGCCUGCCUGGGUAUUACUGCCAGGGGGGCGCGGUUGAUGCAGUACCACAGGGCUCUGCCGUGUUUCCCAAGAACGGACCCUGUCCUCUCGGUCACUACUGCCCAGCGGCAACUCUCACACCAGUGCCCUGUCCACUGGGAAGCAUCAAAAACACAACAGGUGGUUCUUCCUUGGCAAGCUGUCUGCCCUGCCCGGCUGGUCACUACUGCGCCAGCGAGGGUCUAAGCAUGCCCAGUGGCCACUGUUCUGCAGGGUUCUAUUGCCCUUCAGCAUUUACCGCCAUCAGCCCCAACGCCUUUCUCUGCCCAAAGGGCCACCACUGCCCCCCCGGCUCGGCUCACGCACACCCCUGUCCGACUGGAGAGUACCAGCCCAACCCGGGGUCUGAUUACUGCAUCCCCUGCAGACCGGGCUUCUACUGCGAAGAGGCCAUUGCUGGAGACCCCCGACCCUGCCCUCCACACACAUACUGCCCCGCUGCCACGCAGGUCCCUCAGCUCUGCCCCAACGGGACCUUCACCCCGGCUGCCAUGUCCGGCCUCCAAGAGGAGAGAGAAUGCUUGCCCUGCCCUUCAGGGAAGUUCUGCAGAGGAGGGAAGAUCCAGGGAAGCUGUGCUGCCGGUUUCCUCUGCUUGUCUGGGAGCUCUGAGUUCACCCCCCGUGGCUCUGAACUGGAGAACCGCACUAGCUGUGAGUGGGGAGAGAUGUGUGCCGGUCUCUGUCCUGCAGGGUUCUACUGUCCUGAAGGGACGGAGGAGCCUAGUGCAUGUCCAGCACACACCGUCAGAGCCUCGCCAGGGGCCAGCCAAAGAGACCACUGCCUUCCCUGCCCUCCACAGUACUGGUGCAAAGAAGGGGACCCUGUCAUGUAUCUGUGCCCCGCUGGACAUUACUGCAACGGACUGAAGGAAAGUGACCCUAAGAUCACAGCAGGACCGCAAGAGUGUCCGGUGCACACAUACCGCGCUGACCCUGGGGCAGGGAGCAGAGGGGACUGUCUGACCUGUCCUGCUGGAUACCACUGCAACUCCACAGGUCUCACAGCCUAUGUCCACCACCCCUGUCCGCCAGGGUUCUGGUGCCCCGGGUCAGGAAGUCCGGUUCUGUGUCCAGCAGGAACCAUGAGAACUGAACCGGGCAGUACCGCAGUGAGCCACUGUGACCCCUGCACUGCCGGCUUCUACUGUCCCGAUCCGAUGGUAACUGGCCAGCCCAACAUCCACGGGAUUCCCUGCCGUGCCUCCUAUGAGUGUCCCCCAGGUGCAGUGACUGAAGUGUUAUGCAGAGCUGGAUCGUAUUGCGGACCCCAGACUGGAGCCCCCAGCGCCUGUCCUGGGGGGUUUUUCUGUCCAGAGGGAUCCCAGAGUUACAACACACCUGCACAGCUGUGUGUGUUCCCCUUCUACUGCCCCCCGAGCAGCUCACGGCUGCUGCCCUGUGAUGGGGGCUUCAUGCCGGUCAAUGUGAGCGGCCUCAGGGACUCGCUGGAGAGGAGCUGUGUGGAGUGCCGUUCUGGGACAUACAGACCCAGCUUAGAGAGUGAACUCCACUGCCUGCCCUGCCCUGCUGGAUACCACUGUCCCCAAGGCACAGAGCACUACAUGUCGAACUCCUGUCCCAUUGGUUACUACUGCCCUGCCAGCACGGCAUUGGCGGUACCAUGCCCUCCCGGUUCCUACGGCAACAGCACCCAAGCAAAGCAUCGUGGGGAAUGUUACCCGUGCCCUGCAGAUACCUUUAAUCAUCUGUUUGGCCAGAAAGCCUGCUUUCCAUGCGGGAGCUCAUCCUUCUCACUUCCAGGCGCUGACUCCUGCAUCUGCCGUGGACUGAACCGUGCCUUCCAGCAGUCCGACGGCUCGUGCAUCUGCAGAGCGGGCUACGUGUACUACAAUGAGCUGGACCAGAAGAGAUCCACCGGCAACAGCGACAUGGACUGCCAGUCAGAGGUGAACGAGCGCUGUGGCCCCGGAGAGCUGCGUCUGGCCUCCACGAGAGAGUGUGUCCUGCCUGGAGGAUAUGACUGCACGGCAGCCUGUGGGAGCCAGGGAGGGAACCUCUCUGUGGAACUUGGAAUCUGCCACUGCGCAGAGUACGUGUCGGCUGAAGAACUCUGCGACGCCUCUUGUUUCUCUAAGAUGCCCAAGAUUACCGCUAGCCUGGGGCCAAAUGGACAACUUGUGCUUAACAUCAAGGACAGAGAGGCCAGAGGGACCAGGGACAAACAUGUGGUGGAUACCCUGGGUCCUGAACAGUACAGCCCUGCUGGUGGGAGUGUCCAUAUUGUCCAGUUUGCACCAGAGGGGGUGUUUGGAUUGAUUGUGAAAGGGAGAAGACUGCUUGACGUUUUUCUCUCAGGAGAGAGUACGAGUCCCGAGGUGACAGAGACCCCCAAUACCUUGUCAAGGAAUCGAAGGAGUUCAGAACACGCUGCUGCAGCAGCCAGGAUCCCCAACCCCAUUGCCUGUCUCAAACCCAACGAUAUGAUCAUCUUUCAGCUCUCCCUCAACCACCGCAACCGCAGCCUAAGCCACUUCCCAGUGUACCAGAAAGACCAUCUCUUCAACAGCAACCCCGGCUGGGAUUCGGGAGCCUUCCGAAGACUAGGGCACUUGGUCAAGGAGACGCGGUUCAACUUCUCCAGAUUCGCCCAUGUGUUCUUGGAGCCUGGGAAGUACGUGUUGCUGGACAAUGCGGCACUGGAGCGCAGCCUCGUCGUGGUGGUCAGCGAGCAUCAUACCGAGUGCGAGUCCAGGAGCUUCCAGCCCUCGUCACCGGGACAUCUGGUCCGACACGGCGUUCUCAAGCAGCGGCAGCUCAACUUGGUACCGAACUGGGGCGCCAUUGCAGGUGUGCUUGGUCUCCUGGCCCUGGCGGUCGCUGUGCUGACAGCCUCGGCUCUGGUUCUGAAACCCAUUCACGCUGGACUGAGCCCCUGGAGGAGCUGGAAACCCAAGUGGCGCAGCCUGGGAGAGCCCUGCAUCCCGCCAGGUUAUAUCUUCACCAGGGACAGUUUGGAAUGCUAUGACACUCUUGCUUGCCGGGGAGAGGGAGAAGGAGCAGAGACAGAAGAGGAGUCUGCUGUUUUCAAAGCCGGUAAAAGGCCAGGGGAGAUGGAGCUGGAGGAUUUCAAUGUGCGGACCCUCUAUGAUAAACUGGAGGACCAGAACCUUCACCUGGCUGCCCAGCUGGCCAAGCACCGCAGUGAAAUGCUGGACUUCUACAAGAGCAUCUGCAAGCAGACUGAGGCUUUGAAGGAAAUGAUGGAGUGUAUUGACCCUGCUAGACUGGCUGUGAUAGAGAAGAAGUGGGUCCUCCUUGAAACAUCUGGUCUAAUUAAGAGAAUUGAAGACCACGAAACCAGCAGCCCAACCAACGACAUGCAGACCGAGAGCUGUUCCUCCACUCACCUGCUGGAGGCGCUGUUGAGAGGUGUGGAGAGUCUGCUCUUCAGGAUGAGUUCAGAGAAUCUUUCUAUCAGCCGAGAAGCAGCACAGAGGCAUUGUGGGAUAGCAGAUUGCAGCGGGUUGAGCGUGCCCAGUCACUUGGGGAUGGAUACUGGGCGGGCCAAGGAUCCCAGCACCUCCCAGCAGCCAGCUCCCAAAGAAACACUAACCGUUGACGCAAAAGAGUCUUUUCUAGACACAGGAGAGGCCUGCCUCUCAGGGCAGCAGCUGCAGGUUCCAGACGCCAGCUCGCGUUCUUUAAGUGAACAGGAGCUUGCAGGCUUGAUCACAGCCACCCCGCUCUCCAGCACACUGCAGCAGAUACUGGAGUCGCUUCGAGACAGACACGCCCAGGAACAAGAGCAUAGCACUAGAGAAGCACCCAGGGCACAGAUGGAGGCAGGAGAACUAGUUCCUGUUGACUUGGGAGCUCUGACUCCUCAAAACUUCACUGUGUUCCUGUUUGGACGCCACAUUGUGCGCCUGCUGUGCAGCACCUGUGACUUCCUCCCAGUCACUCUCCUGCUGGCACACACAGUUCCGGACAGGAGUGGGACUGAUCGCUGCUAUCAGUAUUAUUAUCACUACACUGGAGAUUUCUACUAUGACACCUGCACUCGAAUCCUGUACCUGCACACAGCCAAGCUGGACGACUUGGGGGAGUUUAGUACUGUGCUCCUGCACACUAUGGCACACAUCAGUGCAGGAUCUCAGCCCAGGGAAAAGCAGUCUGCUGUGUUUGUCAGAGAGUUUCACAAGGCUAUAUCAGCAGUGUGUGCUGCAUUCUUCCACGCUCACUGCCAAGUGGACACCUGGAAAGAUGUGAAGGGAAAGGCAGUGUGGGAUUCCUGUGCAAGUACAGCAGGGUCUGACCGGCAGUCCGUAUUUGAAGAUUUCAUGAACCUAAAGGUGCCACCCGAAAGAAGGUUCUCCAAAGAAAUGCUGGAGGAAAGGCUUAAAAAGUUCAGAUCUUUUAAUUUGCACCUCAAUCUCCGAGAGGUAAUGAAACAGAGAAGACAAACGGAGGGACGACAGGCUGCGAACGGACAAGGAGAAACAGAGCCUGAACGCAGAGCAAAUUCAGCAUUGCAAGCGAGGAUUCUGACCCUGGAAGAGGAGGCUGAUGGGCUCAAUGAUGACUUCCUGCAGCUCACUACCCAGCUGCUGGAACAGAAGGAGCAGGGCAGGCAGCUGGAGGAGGAGCUGGAAGCCGUGGAGCAGCAGACACAGGAUGCACAUGACACUGUGAAGGGGGAUGAUUUUGAGCGUAUCCUGAAAGCCCUGGCCCACGGCAGAGGGGAAGCCCUGAUGCUAGCGCUGAAGAGACGCUGCGUGUCCCAGAGGCUGAGUGAAAUUGAAACAGAUCUAUCCGCGCUCCGUGUUGGAGUUCAGUGAGCAGCACUGUGACGGGUUGCUGCAGUACGGGGAGGGAAAUGACCAAGCUAAUAUAUUCAUAGAGCUCCUAACGGCUUGGCUAAGGGGAGCGGCUCCUUUAGUUCACUGGAAAGUAGCUUUUUGGAGCUCCUUUUGACAUCUGGUGGCAGCUGUGGGGUACAUGGUUUACAAGUACAUUGUUUUGUCUGCUGAUUUUUAUUAUGGAUCAUUUUUGUUUCCCUUUUCUGUGUGUAAAAGUUGUGUACAUAAAAACAAGAAAUGCUUGCUUUAACACCGUUAAUAGGGUUUAGCGCCAUCAAGGUAAACUAUAUAUAUAUAUUUCUGGAGGAAUAUGUGACAGUUCCUCCAUUUUUAUUACAACCCCUGAAUUCUUCAGAGAAAGUUGACAGUUGGAAACGAUAGCAAAUACUCCCAAAUGGCCCACAGAUUCAUCACUUGUGAAUAAUUUGAGAAGCUUUAGACAUAGAAGCACCUGCCAACCAAGUUCCUACUAUCAGCCCGCUAUCAUGCCCAUUGUUACUGAAACAGAGACACAUUUUACAAUGCAGAAUGAAUGUCUGGGGUGGAGUCUGUUGUUUGAGGGACAACCAUGUACAUAAGUGUGUGCUACAUAGCGCAGGUGUUUUUUCUUUUCCCCCCCAACCCUACAGUUUGACUAAUUUUGCUUGGAACAAUUGUGUUUCCUUUUACAGUAAAUAUCAUGUACAAAAACCAGCGCCCAUGUGACUAUGCUACAGUCUUUACAUGUGUUCAAGCUUCGUGUGUAACAUACAGCAUUUUGGUUGCGUACAGUUGAAAUAAACAUCUGAAAGCA